UAACUUGUUGGCAACCGUACGAUCUAGUUUGGCAGAGUGUCCAUGCGAUGAACGCGGAAAAGGUGGCAACGCAGGUCAAUGGUAGCGAAUCGAUGGUGAAGAAUGGCAAUCCUACGACAAGGAAAAUCCUUCACGCUAAUGACGAAGUUACUCCGGACUGUGACGCUGUAAGUGAUGUAAUCGGAAAUGGAUCACCCGAUGGGACCAGCGGUGAGGCUGACAACCGUGAUGUCGCUAGCGGCGUGGGAGAAUCUAUGCGCAAGCCCGCUAGCAUGCUAGACGACAAGCUACGGAAGCGCGUCCGGAAGCUCUCGCGUUCGAACAGCAAAGAUGGUCUACUUGGGGUAGCUGGUACGCCGAAUUUCGUAGCUCCGCAUCGCAAGUGGAAAAACAGUCGUCGCUCGCGUAAUAUAUAUGGACGUGGGCUGCCAAAGAAAGGCGGUGCUGGGGGCAAGGGUGUGUGGGGUAAGCCGGGCACCGAAGAGGUGUACGACGAGCUAGACGAAGACCCCAACGAUCCCAAUUUCGACAUCGAUGCGUAUAACAGCAUGCACAAUGUUGAAUUGAAGGAGAUUGUACCUCAGUUGACUGAACAAGAAAUUGUGAAAAAAAUGGAAUCCAUCAUCCUUGAGUAUUACGAGCAUGGGGAUACACACGAAGUGGCCGACGCGUUUGAGGACCUGUUGACGCUGGAAAUGAAGCCGCUGGUGACGAAAACGGUCGUUGGGAUUGCGUUCGAUCAUAAACAGUCGCAGCGUGAGCUGACCUCCGUUCUCAUCUCAGACCUGUACGGGCGUAUCGUUACCCGGGAAGAUAUUUGCGCUGGUUUCGACUUACUGUUGGCUAAUCUACCGGACAUCAUGCUUGAUACACCGGACGCACCGCAUCUGCUCGGUAACUUUAUUGCACGAGCUGUUGCGGACGACUGCAUUCCGCCAAAGUACGCCUACGAGUCAGAGCGCGAGGAUCUUGAUGUGCAUGCGCGCGGAGCGCUUGUUCGCGCCACCACGUUACUGUCAAUGCACGACAGUUGGGGCCACUUGGAUAACGUGUGGGGAGUCGGAGGGGCUCUACGUCCUGUCCAGACAAUUACAAGUCAGAUGUCGAUGCUGUUGCAGGAGUACUUGCUGUCACGAGAUGUCGACGAAGCUCAGCGCUCAAUCAAGGAGCUGGAGGUGCCACAUUUCCACCAUGAACUUAUUUAUGAGGCAAUCAUUAUGACGCUGGAAGCGCUUAACGAGUCAACCGAGGCUGCCAUUUGCGAUCUAUUUCGAACGCUCGACAGUACCUGCAUCGUAACACCAGAACAGACAGAGCAGGGCUUUCGACGUGUAUACGACGACAUGGCUGACAUCGUGCUCGAUAUCCCACUAGCCUAUUCUAUACUCGAUCGCUUCAUACAGCGCUGUGAGAGGGCCGGAUCGUUUCUAAGUGAAACCCUAAUCAAAGAUAUACCUAUGCGAGGACGCAAGCGCUUUGUUUCUGAAGGUGACGGCGGCUUGAUCAAGCAAGGUUAUUUCCAUCGUGACUUCUAAGGCCGGAAGAAAUUUGAAGCCACAAAUGGCUGUCGAUCGACAGGUGCAGUAAACUAUGUCUUGAUACAUCAACGAACGGGAAAACAACAUGUUGUAUGUUCUAGCAGGUGUAUAAGUUGAAAUUACAUGUUCUUUCGAUGAAGAAAAGAUUCACAAGAACCUCCAAUUUUUUUUCGAAGUAAUUACCGUUUGAUGCUACACAUUUCGCUUAUCUCUCAGGUAUAUUCUGGAUUCCUUUCCAAUAAAACUUUUGUUAUUUCGUCGAAAACCAUUCAUCGAUCCAUUUUUCGACUUCUUUAUAUUCGGCGAACUGUUGCUCUGCACGUCUGCAUGUCCCAUUGAAGCAAAAAGGUGAGAUAAUCUGACAGGACCUGGUCUAGACAAUACGGCGGGUGCGAUAACGUUUCUGAACGAAAAGUUUUCAUUGCGUCGAUCACGGCUUUGGCGGUGUCGGUUCGUUGUCAUACUGCAAUAUUACUUCACUGUGUCUUCGGGGUUAUUCCAGCUUUUUUUCAUUAAUACAAAGUUGUAAAUUAUCAUUUGUUUUUGGUAAAUUAUCAUUUGUUUUUUGUUGUUCUCGUGGUACACCAUACUCUUCUGGUCCCACAACAAACAGAAUCGGAACUUUCGGUUGCAACCAAUUUUUCAUUGCCAGUGGUAAUCCGAUGAAAAACAAAUUUCUUUUGGGGUUGUUAAAGAAACAGUUGUUUUGCGAUGCUGCAUUUUGCGUUUUGCAUUUUGCUCAGUUUAUGGGGCACCCAUUUUCCGAGCUACUGGAUCUUUUCCAUGGUUUUUUAACGAUGAUAAAUUUCUGAUUGAGACGUUUAGUUUUUUUGCCCAUUUUGUUGUGUACGGGUAGCAUCUGCAUCCAAAAAACUCGAGUAAUUACUCAUUUUCAAACUUUUUUCAUUGCACCCAGAUGGUUAUUGCCCUUCAGAUUGAAAUCACCACUUUUGAAUUGCCGCAACCAUCUUUCACAUGUUUCACUUCUGGAACAUGUUCACCAUAUUGUUCCACAAGCAAACGAUGUGCUUUCAACGCUUUUUUUUAUGAAAAAAUUAAAGUAGUGAUUUCUGCGAGUGCCCUUCAUUCGGAACGAAACUCGGCAUUUUUAAUACUCUGAACAAUCAAGAUACUGUGUUGUUUUGCAGAAUGACAGUAACAUAUUUUUAAAGUUGAAAGUUAUAAUGCAAAAAUAACGCAUACUAUAUCAAUCGAUGAAAUGCACAUGAAAUACAAAUGAAAUUAAAUUAGCAACAUCUGGAACAUCAAUCAAAUAAAUUCAACUAAUACACCUGGUACAUAUUCCAAAUUUACACGUAGCCGCAUUCGAAUGCUACUCUAUUAUCUUGUGGAUUAAUAUUGACGAUAACUGGCUUUUGGCUUUUGGAAGUCGUUAAGUUGGAUGCGUUAUUUGCGUUUUUCGUUUCUUUUAUGAAAAUUGACAAUGGCAAAUAUGAUGAAAGAGGCGAUUAAUAAAGGAAAAUAGUAACUCUUUCACAUUUAGGAAGGUACAAAGGUACUGUCACAAACAACAGUUUGAUCGCCAUUAAAUGUUUAUAACUUUUUCCACACGGAGGAACAAGAUACAUUGUAAGAGUUCAUUUCUUAAAAAUAUUAAUCAUUUGGUUUAAAAUCACUUAUACACUUUAACUCUGAGUAUUAAUCCCCAUAGUGCCAUUAAGUGUCGCGAAAAAUUGAUGCAAAAUCCAUCAAGAAAAAAAUGUGUCAUCAAAGUUUAGUUUUGGUCUAAAGAAGUUGACAUUUUGCAAAGAUUUAAAUUUAUGACCUUUUUUUGUAAACUGCCUACAAUUUUGGUAUGAGAAUAUUUAGGUAUUAUUCUUAUAAACAGAAAAAAAUAUGUUUGCUUUACAAUUUUCAUUAUAUUAAAACAUGUU